UGUGGCCGUUCUCUGGAAUUACUACUCACGAGCGUUUUCUGAGAACAUGCUCUUUGUAUUCUACUGCUUCGUUCUCGUCGUUUUGGCUUCCCUAAUACCAGAAGGACAAGGUAUAAAUAAUGCAACAUGCCAAGCUGGGUUUACAGACAGAGAUUAUCAGUGUUUAUGUGUUCUUGGAUCUGGAUUUGAAGGCCAUGAUUGUGGUGAAGAUUUGGACGAAUGCUCUGACGGAACACACAACUGUGAUGUAAAUGCUGAUUGUAACAAUACCUUGGGAUCUUACAAGUGUUUGUGUAAAGAUGGAUUUCAUGGAAAUGGAACUAACUGCAUAGAUUUGGACGAAUGCACUGACGAAACACACACCUGUGAUGUGAAUGCUAAAUGUAACAAUACCUUGGGAUCUCACAGCUGCACGUGUAAAGAUGGAUUUCACGGAAAUGGAACGAACUGCACAGUGGUAGUGGGCAUUAUAAACAAUUCCUACUACAUUUUUGACAAAUUCUUACUAGUAUCAAAAUUCUCCCUUUUAUUUUGUGUUUAUUGCACAGGCUUCACAGCUGUGUUUACAAAUCUUGGUAGGAGUGGAAGGAUAGGUUCAGAGUCGAUUGGUAGUUACUACACAGGUCAGGAUCAUGACGGACAAGUUGCAGUGUCCAGCGGUAUUCAACAGUGGACUGUGCCACAUACUGGUGAAUACAGAAUAGAAGCAAUAGGAGCUUCCGGGGGAUACGGUGAGGACAGUAUCAUCAAGAACGGAGGAAGAGGGGCACGGAUGAUUGGACACUUUAAUUUGACAAAAGAUGAGAUCAUACAUGUCCUUGUUGGUCAAAAAGGGAAAAGAGGAAAUACCGACAAACAAACUGCUGGAGGCGGAGGAGGUACAUUUGUAGUGAAAGAAGACAGCACGCCUUUGAUUAUAGCUGGAGGUGGAGGGGGAAUUAAAAAUAUGUUAGAACAACAUCUGGGAUGUGAUGCGUCCACAAGCACCACAGGGAAUGCAGGGGACAACUCGCCAUUGGGGGACAACUCGCCAUUGGGUUCGGGGGGAAGCAACGGACAUGGAGGACGCACAAAUAGUGGCGGCGGCGGCGGCGGCGGCGGCUUCCACACAAAUGGACACGAUUCAACAUCUUGUGGUGGGGGGAAAGGAGGUUUCGGAUAUCAUCAAGGGGGAGAGGGUGGAUCGUUUUGGGGUGGGUUUGGAGGUGGCGGUGGUUUUUGUACACCAAGGAAGGGACCGGGUGGAGGUGGAGGUUAUUCUGGGGGAAGUGGUGGGGCUAAUGAACAUAUUUCCUGUGGGGGAGGGGGAGGUUCUUUUAACAAUGGAAAAAGUCAGUGUAAUGAAUGUUGCUAUAAUAGCGCUGGUCAUGGCUGGGUAAACAUCACAUUUUUCCAAUGAAGAGCACAUGGCAACACUUUUGUUAACGUUUAGUGGUAAACUACUUUCGCUUAAACGUGUCCUUAAUGCAAAUACAGUUUCUAAUUUGCCAAUAAAUAAACAGGUAAAGAAUUUGCACUUGUUCGUAUUUUGCACAAAAAAAAAAAAUUUGUUAAGUUGGUUCUCCAUAUUCAUAUACAUUUCAAUAACUGUAUUUCCUCGAAUAAGCAUCUGCCAGGCGCUUACUUAAAAUUUCGGAUAAAAGGAGGGGCGCUUAUCGGAAGAAGGACGCUUAAUCGAGGGAGGGCGCUCGUAAGGAAUCCGUUAAGCUGAACUAAUUUUACUGUAGCUGAAGCUUAAAAAGCUUUUUGUAAAGUGGCAAUACAAAUUGAUUUCAUAGGAAAGGGAGCAGAUACCAGGUCUGUCCUAAUUGUGCUCGCAAAAUGCUGAAAAGUUUCUCUCUGGAAUGUCAAAAAGUUGCUAAAAAAUUGCUUAAAUUAAUAAA